AGCCGUCCGUCGGUGCCGUCACCUCGCUCCUCUCGCGCACUGGCCCGCAAGAAAAAAGUAAACCAGAACGUCGGCAGCGGAAGAAAAAUUAUUUUUUUCAAAUUUUAGUUACAAAACCGGCAGUAGUAAGCCUAUUUCUACUGUAGAUUCCAGCGUAGCCGCAGUGAAAACAAGUAGCAUUAGGAAAACCGGUGAGAAUGUCCGAUAUCGACGAUGAUUUCAUGUGCGAAGAUGAGGAGGACUACGGAUUGGAGUACUCUGAAGACAGCAACUCGGAGCCGGAUGUGGAUUUAGAGAAUCAAUACUACAACAGUAAAGCGCUCAAGGAGGAGGCACCCCAUGAAGCGCUCAAGUCCUUCCAGAAGGUGCUGGACCUGGAAAAUGGCGAGAAGGGCGAAUGGGGUUUCAAGGCCCUCAAACAGAUGAUUAAAAUCAAUUUCAAAUUGCAAAAUUAUCCAGAAAUGAUGACCCGAUAUAAACAACUGCUGACUUACAUCAAAAGUGCCGUAACACGAAAUCAUUCGGAAAAAUCUAUUAAUUCAAUUCUGGAUUACAUUUCGACGUCUAAGAACAUGGAACUUCUCCAAAACUUCUACGAGACCACUUUGGAUGCAUUGAAAGAUGCAAAGAAUGAUCGGCUUUGGUUCAAGACCAAUACCAAACUCGGUAAACUCUACUUUGACCGAAGCGACUUUGGUAAGCUUCAAAAGAUCCUCAAGCAGUUACAUCAAUCGUGUCAAACGGACGACGGCGAAGAUGAUCUGAAGAAGGGCACCCAGUUAUUGGAAAUCUACGCACUUGAAAUCCAAAUGUACACCGUUCAAAAGAACAAUAAGAAGUUGAAAGCUCUUUACGAGCAGUCGUUGCACAUAAAAUCAGCCAUCCCGCACCCUCUAAUUAUGGGCGUGAUUCGAGAGUGCGGUGGCAAGAUGCACCUUCGAGAGGGCGAGUUCGAAAAGGCACACACGGACUUCUUCGAGGCGUUCAAAAAUUACGACGAAUCGGGAUCCUCCCGGCGUACAACCUGCCUCAAGUACCUGGUGCUGGCAAAUAUGCUGAUGAAGUCGGGAAUCAACCCGUUCGAUUCCCAGGAAGCCAAACCGUACAAGAACGAUCCGGAGAUACUGGCCAUGACCAACUUAGUGGUAAGCUACCAAAACAACGACAUUAUGGAAUUUGAAUCGAUUCUGCGGAACAAUCGAAACAAUAUAAUGGCCGAUCCGUUCAUCCGGGAGCACAUCGAGGAUCUGCUGCGCAACAUCCGGACUCAGGUGCUGAUCAAGCUUAUUCGUCCCUACACUAAGAUUACGAUUCCGUUCAUAUCAAACGAAUUGAACAUCGAACCCGUCGAGGUCGAGAGUUUGCUGGUUUCAUGUAUUCUGGAUAGCACUAUCCAGGGACGCAUUGAUCAAGUCAACCAGGUGCUAGAGCUCAAUAAGGAAGCCCGAUGCGGAGCACGUGAUAGCGCUAUCGAGAAGUGGUCCAGCCAGAUCAACUCGGUACAAACGGCCAUCAUCAACAAGAUGGCCUAAGAAGCAGCUGGUUCUGGACGGUAAGUUCUAUUUUUAGCAACGUCUACCGCAUGAAAAAUAUGGGGAAUUAUGCAGAGAUCAUACCCGGUUUAGUUAAGGAAAACAUACCACAAACAGAAAUUGCGAAAAGGCUAGUUCUGUUCGCGUCAUUGCCUCCCAUAAUAACAUGCUGGAUAAUAAUUCGAAAAAAACUUGGAACGUAGGUAUGGAAAAUGUACGGAAGCUCAUAUUAAAACCUACGGAAGGAGUCACCCGUUGUUAUUAUAUAAA